UUGUACUAUUCUCAUUUUCUCAUCCACAUAAGCACUGACGUUUGUUUUUUUUUUUUUUUUUUUUUUUUCUUUAGUUUUUUUUUAUCUCUAUAUAAAUACACAGUAAACAAAACACUGCAUUCUCAAUUCUCUUGAACUCUUUUCAAUUUUCUCUUUCCACUUGCCACUCACUAGAAUCUAUGGAUUCUUCUAAAAGCAACAUUUACCAGCCAUUUUUAGAAAACAAUGGAAUAUCUAAUUUAUCACCCCAAUUAUCUGAAUCCCACAAUUUUGAAUCAAGUAAUGAACUUGAAACUGUACUUUUAAACACUGAAAUACCACUAUGGAAUAAACUCCGUUUAGCUACAUGGAUUGAAAUGAAGUUACUUUUUUACCUUGCUGCACCUGCUGUUAUGGUUUAUAUGAUUAAUUAUAUUAUGUCUAUGUCAACUCAAAUAUUUUCUGGUCAUUUGGGUAAUCUUGAGCUCGCUGCUGCUUCACUUGGAAAUACUGGGGUUCAAGUUUUUGCUUAUGGUCUUAUGUUGGGAAUGGGAAGUGCUGUUGAAACACUAUGUGGGCAAGCAUUUGGAGCAAAGAAAUUUGAUAUGUUAGGAGUUUAUCUUCAAAGAUCAACAAUUCUCCUAACUCUAACAGGAAUUUUACUCGCUUUCGUAUACAUUUUCUGCAAGCCAAUUCUAAUAUUUCUAGGCCAAUCGGAAAGAAUUGCUUCAGCAGCAGCCUUGUUUGUCUACGGUCUAAUUCCCCAAAUUUUUGCUUACGCGCUAAAUUUCCCAAUCCAGAAGUUUCUUCAAGCUCAGAGUAUUGUAGCGCCAAGUGCAUACAUUUCAGCUGGGACUUUAGUGUUGCAUUUAGUGAUGAGUUGGGUUGUGAUUUACAAGAUUGGGCUUGGGUUACUUGGGGCGUCUAUGAUACUGAGUUUGUCAUGGUGGAUAAUCGUAAUAGGCCAAUUUGUGUAUAUUGUGAAAAGUGAGAGGUGUAAGCAAACAUGGAAAGGGUUCAGUUUGCAGGCGUUUUCUGGCUUGCCGGUGUUUUUCAAGUUAUCAGCGGCGUCCGCGGUGAUGUUGUGCUUGGAGACAUGGUACUUUCAAAUUGUGGUUUUGCUUGCUGGAUUGCUUGAAAAUCCUGAAUUGUCUUUGGAUGCUCUAUCUAUUUGGUAAGACCACAAACCCCUGCCAAUUGUUUUUGGUUCACAAGAUAGGGUAUAUUUACAUUCAAUUGAUUCAA